UGUGUCUUUAUCUGUGUGUCUGCCUGUCUGUUUAUCUGUGGGUGUGUCUUGCGUUGUGACACUUCUCCAUUAUCGUCCCUCUACGACAACGUACCUGGAGGGGAAGGAAAAAAACUCCUGUCCAAUUGUGCCUGAGCUGGGUGUGACCCUUUUCAAGAAUGUCAAACAAAGACAGGGAGAGGUAGGGAGAGAGAGAGCCUGCCUGCUGAAUGGAGGGACUGUCAUGCCUGUUGGUUUCCCACAGUCAACAUUACACCAACAGCACUCUAGUGAGGACAGGACAUAGCUUACCUGGUUUCCCUACUGAGAGUGAGGACAGGACAUACCUUACCUGGUUUCCCUACUGAGGGUGAGGACAGGACAUAGCUUACCUGGUUUCCCUACUGAGGGUGAGGACAGGACAUACCUUACCUGGUUUCCCUACUGAGGGUGAGGACAGGACAUACCUUACCUGGUUUCCAUACUGAGGGUGAGGACAGGACAUACCUUACCUGGUUUCCCUACUGAGGGUGGAACGGUGGGAAGCUGAGUGUUAACGGAGGAGCAGGUUUCAACUCGAGGCCGUCCGAAGCAACCGGUGGGAGUUGACUGGAGUUGAUGUGAAAUCGUCUCGUUCAGUGUUGUCAGGAUGAUUGACACCCUAUACGAGUGGAUCUGGUGGGACCGCAUCUGGCUGCCUGUCAACCUGACCUGGGUGGACCUAGAGGACCGAGAUGGACAUGUCUACGCCAAAGCCUCUGACCUCUAUGUGACGUUGCCUUAUGCCAUAGCCUUCCUACUGGUCAGAUACCUGUUCGAAAGGUUGAUAGCCACGCCUCUAGCCACCUCAGUGGGGAUCCGGGAGAAGGCCAGACUGAGAGUAGCAGACAACCCUAUCCUGGAGCUCUACUACCGCUCCCACUCCAGAACCCCUGGCCAGGCAGUUAUAGAUGGUCUGUCUAAGAAGAGCGGCUGGUCCGUUAGGCAGGUGGAGCGCUGGUUCAGAAAGAGAAGAAACCAGGAUCGUCCCGGAGUUCUGAAGAAGUUCAGAGAGGCUAGUUGGAGGUUUGUGUUCUAUCUGUUGGCGUUAAUUGGAGGAGUUAUGUCCCUGUAUGAUAAAGAAUGGUUUUAUGACACACGGGAAGUGUGGAACAGAUUUCCUAAACAGACUAUGCUGGAUUCUCAGUACUGGUACUACAUGCUGGAGAUGAGCUUCUAUGGUUCUCUUCUCUUCAGAGUCACCUUUGAUGUCAAGAGGAAGGACUUUAAGGAACAGAUCAUCCACCAUUUGGCCACCCUGACACUGCUGUCCUUCUCUUGGUGUGUCAACUACAUCCGCAUAGGAACCCUGGUGAUGCUCAUUCACGAUGCCUCCGACGUCUUACUAGAGUCUGCCAAGUUGUUUAACUACGCCAAAUGGGAGAGAACCUGCAACAGUCUCUUUGUGGUGUUUGCUAUUGUGUUCAUGGUAACCCGACUGAUCAUCUUCCCAUUCUGGCUGAUCCACUGUACAUGGGUGUACCCCACCCUCCAGUACCCCCCGUUCUUUGGAUACUACUUCUUCAAUGUGAUGCUGCUGGUCCUCCUGUUCCUACACAUCUUCUGGGCCUACCUCAUCCUGAGAAUGGUCAAGAAGUUCCUCUUCGGCAAAAUGACCAGAGAUGAAAGAAGUGAUGAAGAGGAUGAUGGUGAAGGAAGCAGUCUGACUGAAGAGGAAAAAGAGGAGGGCAGGUAUCGUUAUGGCAACGGAUCUGGAGUGGGCACAAAGGAGGGCAACAACGGCUGCUUCAGACACUUAUCUCUCUCAGAGAAUGUCUGCUCAUCAAAGACUGUUUACUGACCCAGCUCGUGUCG